GUGAAAUACAGUAAAAUGGAAGGGGACAUCAGAAAGCGAGGUAUCCUGUACUUACAGCAACAGAGGUUUGGAAAGAAAUGGCGAAAGGUCUGGUCCAUGUUGUACAGAGAAAGCUCCUGCUCCAUCUCUCGUCUCGAGUUUUUUGAGGUUAAAGAUGGAAGUGGGAACACGCUGGAAAAAGCCAACCGCAAACAAGAAAACAAAAAGGUAAUAAAGUUGAGCGACUGCAUUCGAGUAUCAGAAUCUGAUGUUGAAGGAUGUCCACGGGACUGUGGAUCGUUUUUGGUGGAGACUACAGAAAAGACGUUUGUUUUUGCCGUCGAGUCCACUGAACUGGAUGAUUGGAUGCAGAAACUAUGUGAAAUCGCUUUUCCGAGUAGCUGGACAGAAAGAGGAGCGGCGAGAGGAAACAGUAUACACGGUGAAUCCGAUGAAGUCACGAUGUCCGACAACACCCUUUACUGCAGCAGAGAAACCUCUACAGGUAUGAUAGACUUCAAGGUGUCAGUGAGGCGCACAGAGGCUUCUGAGAGAUGUGGCCUGAAAGGAUCGCUGUUGUUACGGACUGAUUUUGAUAGCCUCCUUCUGAAAGACCCUAAAACUGGAGAGGUUUUGUAUUCUUGGCCUUACAGAUUCCUCCGCAGGUUCGGACGAGACAAGGCAACAUUCUCUUUUGAGGCUGGCCGAAGAUGCGACUCUGGGGAGGGCAACUUUGAGUUCGACACAAAGCAGGGAAACGUUAUCUUCCAGUCCGUCGAGGCUGCCAUCAAUGUACACAGAUCCAGUUUACCUCAAAAGCAGGUAUCGCUUGGGGAGCGAGAGCCUGCGCAUGGGGUUCAAAGCUCGAAAGCUCCAAUGGACAACUCUAGCGUCUACAGCAUGGUGUCUGAACAUCCAAUCAGGGACGGGCCCAAACAACAACCGAACCCCCAGCCCUCCAGACUCGAGGCCCCGACUGAGAAGCUUCUGACUGGGGUUAAGAGUCUGAACCUGGACGCCAGACCUCCACCACGUAAAAGCCAGGUCAAGAACUUCAGAAGUUGUCCGUUGGCCAACACCGAAGAUGCGACCUACUCCCGUGCUAUGGCACCAGCUCCAGAACGAGGGGGAAGUCCAGGGGAGAAGAGAGAACUAAAGGACAGACGUUCCACCUGCUCCAACCCCGAGGAAUCCGACUACUCUUUGCCCUUUGACACAAUUGCUAAGAAUGUCAUGGUAGACAUUUUGGCCACAUCUAACCCACCGCCCACUUUAGUAGAGCCCAAUUGUGAAAAUAAUAAUAAAAGUGCUGUAGAAAGCCCGGAACCUCUGUAUGACAGUAUAGAUGAGAGUGCCAUUAGAAAUCGUUUCCCAAAUAGAGGAAAAUCCCAAACCACCCCUUACAAAAGAGUGGAGCACAUCUACGAUGAACCCGAGGGUUGUGCCGUGCCCCCAGCCGUUCCUCCAUCACUCUAUGAUGAACCAGAGGAGGUCAAAGGUCAUGCCUGGAAGAUGCUAGGUACUGUAAUGGAUCCAAGUGGUCAUGAGUACCCCUACAAUGCUUCUGCGGAUGAUUACGCCGUUCCUAAACCUCCCAGGAGAGCUUUACCGCCAGAGCAGAAGGACAAUCAAGAAGAGGACAACUCACCAUAUGACAAUAUCAUGGUAAAAAAUAAUUAAGGACUGUUUCUGUACAUGAGAGGAUAUAUAUAUAUGAGGGUGUGAGUGAAUGCAUGAAAUAUUUAAUAGUUUAUAAGUAGAAUGGACAAUACUCCUUCACUGCUCUCCAACAUCUGUGACCUAAAACUGGAUUGAAAAUCAUAUAAGAACAUGAAGAAUUCACUAAACAGUUGUGUCGACUCAUUUCCACAUGCAUUAUUUCAGUCCAAAAACUUUUUCUUAUUCUCCAAACAUUUGUGAAUGGUAUUUAAAUGAAAUUUAAUUAAAUUAAAACAAGUAAAAAAAAUCAUUUUUGAACUCUGUUUAGGUAGAAUAUAUUUCAUUAUCAUGAUUUUAUGGCUAAUUAUACAGUACAUUAUGUCUUCAACACUGUUUGCCUUUAAAGGUACCUCGACUAUGAAGCCUUGCUUUAAUGAUGUGUAUAUCUAGUACUAAAAUCUAUUGAAACACAUUAAAUAUUUUCAUUACUUAAAAAAAUUAAGCUGUCAUGGCCGCCAUUAUGUUCCACACGUAAAGCAUUCUGGGUCGAUGAUGUGUAAUGGUUCGUGAACUAUUACUACAGUUUACUAUAGUAAAUACUAUGGUAUCUACUGCAGUUUUUCAUGUGGUAAUGUUGUACUCCCCACUGCCACCUACUUACCUCGCCUUUUAUUUUGAUCAUCUUUAAUUUGUAUUGUUCAUCAUUUAUGUUCUAAACAGAACCCUGCUAAAAAACAAUAGAAACCAUCACAGAAAUUGUAUUGGAUAUAAUGGUUCUAAUGGGAAUUUUAUUGGUUGUAAUGGAAACAUGGUCUCUGUGGGUCUCUACUGGUAUGUGUUGGAUUGUGUUGGUGGGACCAUUAAAUCCUACUGGAAUAUGUCCCAAAUUAAUUUUGUAGUGGUUUAAAUGGUAAAAGCUAAUGGUUCCUAGUUGUAUUUUUAAUGGCAUGUAUAUGUCAAGACCACAUAUCGCCACCUAUUGGCUGUGUGCAUUUAUAACUCAUCUUCUUUUCAACAUCAUUUUACACUCUCCUGAUUAAAUACUUGUUUACCAUGUUUACCUCACUUUAGUGUUAAUAGAAAGGGUUUUAAUUGCAACCUUUUGACAUCACGCUUUUUGAUGUGGGCAAAAUGAUAGAAAAUAUUUUUUUUCAAAGUAUAUUAAAACUAUGACAUUUGUAUUGUUUAUGUAAUUUUACAUAUCAUAAACCCCAUACAUGUGUUUAUAGUCGGGGCACCUUGUGAACAGUUAACAGUCGACUAUUACAGGCUGCUGAAAAAAUGCAGUGUGCAUUUUCUAUUGCUCAUGACAGCAGUUAUAUCAAAUAAUGAAUGUGAAUCAAUGAUAGUGAAGUGCAUUAAAACCAGAAAAAUAUUCAGACGCACACGAUUUGUAUGGUAUCUUUUGUGAAUAGGUCACUAAGUGUGGGCUCGCUUCAUUCUUAGUGAAUUCCCCAACAUGUGUCCAAAUGGCAACCGAGUGUAUCUACUAUGACCUUUACUCUCUAAAAAGUCCAAAUUGAUUUUAUCAGGUUGUAAACUGAAUGGUAAUUUGUAUUCAGUUGAAAACAGCCCUUACUUUCCAUUCUUGUAUUUUUGUUCUCAUUUUAAGGGAGAUCACACAGGUAAUUAAAGUCCUUCAGAUCUCUCGCACAAUGGAUGAUGGCCGUCACUUAAUCCUCUGCUUGCUAAUUGUGGAAAAUGGAGAUCCGCACAGUGCCGUGGUCUUAUCCAGGGCAAACUCUGACUUUUUCCCUUACAGGCUUCCUAUUUUGAGGAACACAUGAAUAAUAAUAACUUGACUUGCAGAGUUAAACUGGGGCACUGUUAGGAUGCUGCCGGGCUUCCUGCCUGCCACGGUUCAUGAAUCCCACAUAGUCUUAAGUCUGAAAAAAACUCUACAGUUCUCAACCGUUCAGCUUCUAUUUCUAUUUUUUUUAUUUGUGAACAUGUCUGUCAAAUCCAGACUCAUAAUUCUUUCCUGUAAAUCAUAAAAAAUACUUUAGCUGGGUUUUCACAGGCAGGGUCACAUGUAAUUUAACAUCACAUUAAUAAUUUUUUCCUUUACUGUAUAUUACCUAAUCAUUUCAUGAUGUUAUUUAUAGUAGAAUCAAAUGGUGACCAAUGCAAUAAAGGAAGUUUAUUAAGAAAUGAUUAUAUGUGAAUAAGGAGUCUUUACCU